UCCACUCCGACUUCCACACGUUUAUUGGGCUUCCUUGCUCCUACUGCCGCCGGCUAUGGGCUCUCUCCGUUUCCCCUUCCCAUUUCCUCCGCCGGAGAAGCCGCCGCCUGAUGGACUUUCCUUCCGCCGCGUCGCGGUGACCAUCACAGCUGCAGCGGCCGUUGCAGCCGGAGCAGGUCUAACCCUCUCCGCCUCCCUCAAGCAAAGCGCGGCCGCCCUCCGCAAGCCUUGCAACGACGACGACGCUUCCCAUCUCUGGGCUGCCUCCGUCUCCCUCGACGGAGGCCCCCAGCGGCCGGCGAUGUAUGUCGAUCCGAAGAGCAAUGUCGAGUUUCCGAUGGUUAUCGAGGGCGAGAAGCGGCUCUUGAGUGUCGGAACGCGGCUCUGGAGACCGUAUUUUAACUUCGGAUCCAUAAGAUACGUCUUUGGUGUUUAUGCUGACGGUUUCGAUGUCAAACGAUUGAGCAAGAAAUACGGUUCCUUUUCAGCUUCUGAACUGAAAGUAAAUAAAGAUUUCAUUGCCGAUAUACUCGAUCAGGAUCUACGCAUCACGAUUAUAUUUAAGAAAGCUCGUAAUAAUCUGAGCAUGAGAUCUCUACGGUAUGAAUUUCAGAAAUACGUGGGGGAAAGCCUCCGGAAGUUUAGUGGAUCCGACUCCAAAGAGUUGCUACAAAGGUUUACUUCUUUGCUUAGAGACGACUAUAAGAUCACAAAGGAAUCUUUUCUGGAAGUAUCAAGGGACCAUGGUCAUGUUCUUCAAGUACGAUUUAAUGGAAAAGAAGUGGGGAAAAUACCAAGCAAGCUCUUGUGCAAAGCUAUGUUCGAUGCGCAUUUUGGCCCAGAUGCUUUCGACAAGGAUGCUCGAGAAGAAGUCAAGUCUCGUUUGAUUUCCAUGCUCCAUGAGAGAUCUGAUCGUUGAUAUUGUUUCCACUAGAUCUUGUAUGCAAUCUAAUCUAGAAGAGAUCUGAUUGAUACUCCAUCUUUUAUUUACUAUUGUAAGCUUUACAAGGAAUUGUUUGUAGGCAAUUGGAGAUACCCGAUUCAUGGCUACUUCAUAGUUAACUUAGUUGUUUUCAUCUUUC